AGGAGGGGGAGGAGCUUCAGGAGGCGGCCUAGCGGCCUGCUCCGAGCCGCGGGACCCUUGGCCGCAUGGCUUCCGUCUCCGCUGCGGCUGUGUCGGGCCGCGGGGCCGGGAACCUGCUGCAGUUCCUGCGGCUGGUGGGGCAGCUCAAGAGAGUCCCACGGACUGGCUGGGUAUACAGAAACGUUGAGAGGCCGGAGAGUGUAUCAGAUCACAUGUACAGGAUGGCAGUUAUGGCUCUGGUGACCAAAGACAAACACCUUAACAAAGACCGAUGCGUACACCUAGCCCUGGUUCACGAUAUGGCAGAAUGCAUCGUGGGGGACAUAGCACCAGCAGAUAACAUCCCCAAAGAAGAAAAACAUAGGCGAGAAGAGGAAGCUAUGAAGCAGCUAACCCAGCUCCUCCCAGAGGAUCUCAGAAAGGAACUCUAUGAACUUUGGGAAGAGUAUGAGACCCAGUCGAGUGCAGAAGCCAAGUUUGUGAAGCAGCUGGACCAAUGCGAGAUGAUUCUUCAGGCAUCUGAGUAUGAAGACCUGGAGAACAGACCUGGGAGGCUGCAGGACUUCUAUGAUUCCACAGCAGGAAAAUUCAGUCACCCAGAGAUAGUCCAGCUUGUUUCUGAACUUGAGGCAGAAAGAAACGCCAGCAUAGCUGCUGCCCCCCGUGAGCCAAGCUCCUGACAUGUCCUCUCUGUUGCUGCACUCCUGUGACAUUGUGUUUUUCCCUUCUGUGGUGGUGUGUUUUGCCACUGUUGCUGUGUUGAUUCCCCAGAUAUGAGUCUGUUUAUAUUCCAUUGCCUGGACUCCAGUAAGAAACGUGUGAUACAAUCUGGAUAAUAAAAGAAGCUACAGAACAGGAUGUGGUCCUGAAAAUGCCCCGGAUGAAGACUGGGGGUGGAGGGGGAGGAGGGCG